AUGAAGUUCGCUUCAGUCCUCACCGCCGUGUUCGCAACUCUGGCAGUUGGUUCACCGGUCGAGAGCCGCGAUAGCCUCCUCAAGCGCCAGGCAGCUGAGCCCUGCAGCGUUGGAUACUGCACCCAGAACGGCGGUACCACCGGUGGUGCAAAGGGCCAAACCGUCACCGUCACUACUGUUGCUGCUCUGAUUGAAGCUGCCCUGCGCACUGAACCUCUUACCAUCAUCGUCUCCGGAAAGUUGACUGGCAGCGAUAAAGUUCGCCCUACGUCUGACAAGACCAUCAUCGGCGCGGCUGGUAGUUCUCUUACUGGUGUGGGCUUCUACGUUCGUCGCCAGAAGAAUGUCAUUCUUCGUAACCUCAAGAUCGCCAAGGUUGAUGCUUCCAACGGCGAUGCUAUCGGUAUUGAUGAGUCUACGAACGUUUGGGUCGACCACUGCGAUCUUUCUGGUGAUCUGAGCGCCGGAAAGGAUGAUUUGGAUGGUCUGCUCGACAUCUCCCACGGUGCUGACUGGAUCACUGUGUCGAACACAUACUUCCACGACCACUGGAAGGGCUCUCUGAUCGGCCACUCGGACAGCAACGCUGCCGAAGACACAGGCAAGCUUCACAUCACCUACGCCAACAACUACUGGAAGAACGUCAGCAGCCGCCAGCCCCUUAUCCGCUUCGCCACCGUGCACAUUGUCAACACCUACUGGGACGGCAUUCUGCUCUCUGGUGUCAACACCCGCAUGGGUGCUCAGGUUCUUGUCCAGAGCUCUGCCUUUGCCAACUCUGUUGAGCGCGCCAUCUUCUUUGCUGACUCCAAGGAGACUGGCUACGCUGUUGUCGAUGAUGUUGACCUCGGUGGCUCGGUCAACUCUGCUCCUAAGGGUACUCUUACUGCGGCUUCGCUUCCCUACAAGGUUACUCUGCUUGGGUCUUCCAAGGUUGCCUCAGUCAUUCCUGGAACUGCUGGUCAGAAGCUUUGA